UCUGCACGCCGGCGUUGUGUUUUUGCAGUUAGCAACAGGUAGUUAGUUCCAUUUUGGGCCCUGACUUCCGUCCAUAGCUGUACUCCAUCUAGUAGUCUAGCUGACCGGCGUUGGAUGCUGGUGAUUUCUCUGUGAAUAUCUACAUUCAAACUUCAAAACGUCGUACGCAAUGAGAGGCGAUAGGGGCAGGGGCCGUGGUGGCCGGUUCGGCUCACGUGGAGGACUGGUGCAAGGGUAUCGGCCAUUUGUCCCCCACAUUCCCUUUGACUUCUAUGUGUGUGAGAUGGCCUUCCCCAGAGUAAAGCCAGCAGCGGAUGAGACUGCCUUUAGCGAGUGUCUACUGAAGAGGAACCAGGACCUCAGUCCUACACCCGCAGAGCAGUCCUCUAUCUUGUCCCUGGUCACCAAGAUCAACAACGUCAUCGACAACCUCAUCGUCGCCCCCGGCAACUUUGAAGUGCAAAUUGAAGAGGUACGUCAGGUAGGCUCAUACAAGAAAGGCACCAUGACAACGGGACACAACGUCGCUGACUUGGUGGUCAUCCUCAAGAUCUUGCCCACAUUGGAGGCCGUCGCAGCUCUCGGCAACAAAGUGGUGGAGACCCUUCGCACACAAGACCCUGCUGAAGUUCUCUCCAUGCUGACCAAUGAGACAGGCUUUGAGAUCAGCUCUGCCGAUGCCACAGUGAAAAUCCUCAUCACCACCGUUCCCCCCAACCUGCGCAAGCUGGACCCCGAACUGCACUUGGACAUCAAGGUGCUGCAGAGUGCUCUGGCCGCCAUCCGCCAUGCCCGCUGGUUUGAGGAGAACGCCUCCCAAUCUACGGUGAAAGUGCUGAUUCGCCUGCUGAAGGAUCUGAGGGUGCGUUUCCCCGGGUUCGAGCCUCUCACCCCCUGGAUCCUGGAUCUACUGGGUCAUUCUGCAGUGAUGAAUAACCCCUCCAGACAGCCCUUGUCACUCAAUGUGGCUUACAGGCGCUGCCUACAGAUGUUAGCCGCUGGACUUUUCCUGCCAGGCUCAGUAGGCAUCACUGACCCCUGUGAGAGUGGAAACUUCCGGGUGCACACCGUCAUGACCCUCGAGCAGCAGGACAUGGUGUGUUUCACUGCUCAGACAUUGGUGAGGGUGCUCUCUCAUGGAGGGUACAGGAAAAUCCUGGGCCUGGAGGGUGAUGCCAGCUACCUGGCUUCGGAAAUGUCCACCUGGGAUGGCGUGAUCGUCACACCCUCCGAGAAGGCCUACGAGAAGCCGCCAGAGAGGAAGGAAGAGGAGGAUGAGGCACUGGAGGAAGGAGGAGAUGUUGAGGAUGAAAGCAUGGAGACACAGGAAUGAGAAGGACCCGGAAGGUGGUGAGCUUGCCAGGUACCAGUAGCCAGUCAAAAAAAACAGGCUCAUUACCAGGCUAGCUAGCUGCCUAGCUUGUUGCAGCUCCUACAGUAGCUUUGUUAGCGCAUUAGCUAACUUAAGCCAUAGUUAGCUAGAAUCGUAACGUUCUAUAAAUUAGCCUACUUUGCAUAGAUGCUAGUUGAAAAUCUCAUUGAAUUAACAAAAUCAACAUAACUUUUUUUGUUUAUGGAAAGAAGUCAUUGUAAUUCCAAGUCAUAACAAAGUAAACUAUGUAGCCAAAUAGCAGUGCUGCCACACAUCAACUCACCAGCAAGAGAGACUUGCCAACGAUAGUACUGCAUGGUGCCAUAGUGCAUAGCGCCAUCUACUAUAUCAGUGUUAUUGGCAAGAAUUCUGCAAAAUCAACUCCGCUUUACACAGAUUAUAAUAGGAGAGGGUUUGCGAAGGAUAUUAUUUUGUCUUUGAGAACCACCCCAAGUUCAACUUCAAUUCUAACCCUGUGGGCAGAGUGAUGGUUGUGCCAGAUAUCCUCUCUAGUAAGACAAUAAGGUCAAGGGUUAAUGGGAGACAGGCAGCGCCAUUAGCGUUGCGAGUGACAGAUGUCCAAAUAGUGUUAGUGGUGGGAUCCAAUUCACCCUUGUACCCAUACAAUGUGCUCUUAGGCUUAACAACAUUUUAUUUUUCUCUUGUUGCUAUCCAGAGGAUCCUGUGCCACGUCUUUUAAACAAUCGUUUACCCCCUGACCCUUUUGGAAACCCUUCACUCGCCCAUUUGUCCUUCAUUGAAGUUCAUGUCCACUAAUCAUGAAUUGACUGCAUUGACCUGGACCAAAGUGCGCCAACUGGACGGACAGACUUGCAUAUAGACUGUUACUGGUCCCUCAACGCCCUCAACAAAAAUUCAAUUCAUGAUCUUCUCAAAAGGGGGCGGGUGUCACUAUCAAAUUGUAUUCCGUGUGUUUGUGUGGUUUUUACUUUGUAACAGCAAUGAUGACUAAAUUAAACAGCUUCUUUAUUUUAA